UUUUUAUUCACUCUCUUAUUCUAAACUGUGAUUUGUCCAGACAUGGCCGCUGCGGGAGCUUCUCAGGCUAGCUCCCCGCGCCUACCCAGUCCUCCUCCGUUUACAGAAGUUCAGAUCGGUCCCAAAUCGCCAUCGGUCGGCGAGUCGUUUGGUAAAGAUGCAGAACAGCUGCUGGGAGCUUCCCAUGGAGCCGAUGAAGGGUCAACUCGGAGAAUCCGGCCUGGGACCAAGUCUGUAGACAUGGCAGUUGGUCCUCCAUUGGUCCCUCUCUCCCAGCUCGAUUCUUCCUUUCAGCUUCAAGAGCACCUCAAGGCGCUUUAUAACCACUACACCAGACCUGAAGGGUCUAACACUGUAGUCCCGAUCAAUCGGGACGUUGCCAUUCAGCUUGCAGAGCCCCCGGAGGGCGUUGACCGGUCGCUUUGGCUCUAUGAACUUUGCCGCUUCCUGACGAUGAAAGUUAACAAUCUGAUCAUUGCAUUCUUCGCCGAAAAUCCUCCUUGCUCCGCACAGACAUGUCCAGAGAUGAGAGCAUCGGAAUGGCAGUAUCUCUGUGCCGUUCACGAUCCGCCGAAAUCGUGCUGCGCGAUCGAUUAUUCCUGCCACACCCUGGACUGGGCCACCAACAUACUCACAUCACCUAAGUACUUCCCUAGUCGUCUUACACUAGGCUCGGAGGCAGGUGGUGGCCCACAGGCGAGUAUGAGACAUUUGACCAACAUCUUCCGUCGGCUCUAUCGUAUCUUCGCGCAUGCGUGGUUCCAGCAUCGGGAAGUGUUUUGGCAAGUUGAAGGUCACGAUGGGCUGUAUAUCUUUUUCAAGGCGGUCUGUGAUCUAUACAGCCUGAUACCCGAAGACAAUUACACUGUUCCGGCUGAGGCGGAGGGCGCCGAUCCCGUUCAACCGGCACAGGAGCAAAUGGACGAUCGCCGAAUAACAAUACUGCGAAAGGAUAGCGGGAGCUCCUUGGUCGCGGCAAUUGAGGAGCCACCGUCGGCAACCACUCGCCGCCACAAGAAUACACCGUCAACGAGUUCUCGAGUUUCAACUGUCCGCGAUGUGACGACUAUCAGCGAAAGCGCCGAAGACGACGAGCAGCAUUCCAAGCAACAAGAAACCGAAAAGCCAGUAGAACCGGCACAGAAGAAACCAGAACCACAACCUACUACAGAAGCUGUCAGUGAGAAUCCUGAGGUGUCUACUGAACAGAAUCCGGUCGAUAGCGCCGAGUCACAAGUCACUGUUGCAGAAGUGCAAGAAGAAGAGGAGAUGGGGGGGAUGGUUCCCCAGGCAAUCGAAGAACAUCCUGAGAAAAUCGAACCGGAGGAAUCCAAGCCAGGCCCCGUGGGAGAUAUUGCACAAAGAGAUGAGCCCGAAAUAACCUCGCCCGGAGAGGCACCAAAAUCGGUACCAGAGACUAAGCAGACAAACGAGCAGGAAGCCGAACCAGUAUCCGAGCCGGCGAAAGAAACGUGAAUUUUACAUUCAACAGAGCCCCAUGUUUUAUUCCCUUCUGAUGCCACGCCAUGUGUCUAUACUACGAUUGUAAUAUGUCUUGCAUCAUAUAUCAUGCCUCGCAUUUACGACUUUAUUCUUUCUUUCACUGACAAACUGAACGAGGGAGGUCGCUGAUGUGUAAUAUAUGAUUUCGCGUAUCUGAGUGAUUAAUGAUACCCAUUGCCUAUAUACUG